CCAUUGAUGUUUCAGCAAGUAACGGCACAAGCAUCCAGUAGUAGCGAUAACAUAAUACUCACUUUAGCUCUGUCAUCUCUACCACAAGUAUAGCGGAACUUUCAAUUUUUGUGUUCAAAAUGUCUAACUAUUUAUUCGGCACUUGCCCGUAUAAUAAAAACCAUCGCAUUAUGCUCCUCCGCAUGCCAGGACACAUUGUAAAAUGUAUGCAAAACUACGACGGUCCGCCAUUGCACACUUGCAAAUACAAUGCCACACACCGCGUGCUCGACAUGGAAGAGCAUCUGAAAGAAUGUGAGGAGUACGUGAAGUUUAAUGAGACUAGUAUGAUUCAUAUAGCCAAUUCGUUUCACGUGACUCCGGUUCUUACCGAUGAAGAUACUGUAUAGACAAAAUGUUGAAGUCAUCUUAUAUCAUUUAAAACACUUACAUACAUAUAACUAGACCCUUCUUGAAGAAAAAUAUAGCAUUAUUGUUGUAACUUUAAUCUUUCUAUGAUUUGCCUUUUGUGCACUAUUUAAGCUAUAUGGAGAGCAUUGUGUGAACGAAUAUUGUUAUUAUUUCAUCAUUUAAGAAACAAACGUACAAUCCAUGUACAAAUUAUCGAUGAA